AGCCGAGAGGGCGGCAUGUAGCGGCGGCCGCAGAGCCAGCUCGGAUUUGCAACUCAUAGGAUUUUCUUUUCUUUUUUUUUCUUCUUCUUCUUCUUUUUUUUUUUUUUUUUUUUUUGGUACUGCGGGCGCGCGGCAACCUUGGAUCGACGCCCCGCUGCUCCCGCCGGCCCACUCUUUCCUUGCAAGCUGCGGCUUCCUCGCGGAAACAUUAAAGGGUCUGGGGAAGGGCGCGGGGCCGAGAGUCAGAGAGUGGGACCCGGGACUUCCCCGCGCCCAGUGGGCAACCAUGACCGACGAGAGCUCCGAUGUCCCCCGGGAGUUAAUGGAAAGCAUCAAGGAUGUUAUUGGCAGAAAGAUCAAAAUCUCAGUGAAGAAGAAAGUGAAGUUGGAAGUGAAGGGUGACAGAGUGGAGAACAAAGUGCUGGUGCUCACAUCAUGCCGGGCCUUCCUCCUGUCCGCACGUAUCCCCACCAAGCUCGAGUUAACCUUCAGCUAUCUAGAGAUUCAUGGAGUCAUCUGCCACAAGCCAGCUCAGAUGGUGGUGGAAACUGAGAAGUAUAACAUGUCCAUGAAGAUGGCGUCACCGGAGGAUGUGAGUGAUGUGCUGGCUCACAUAGGCACCUGCUUGAGGAGGAUAUUUCCAGGCCUUUCCCCACUGAGAAUCAUGAAGAAAGUCUCCAUGGAGCCAUCUGAACGCCUGGCCAGUCUCCAGGCCCUGUGGGACAGCCAGACCUUGGCUGAGCCAGGCCCCUGUGGUGGGUUUUCUCAGAUGUAUGCCUGUGUGUGCGACUGGCUGGGAUUUUCAUACAGGGAAGAAGUGCAGUGGGAUGUGGAUACAAUUUAUCUGACACAAGACACCAGGGAAUUAAAUUUACAAGACUUCAGUCAUCUUGAACACAGAGACCUGAUACCCAUCAUUGCUGCCCUGGAAUAUAACCAGUGGUUCACCAAACUAUCCUCCAAGGAUCUCAAGCUGUCCACAGAUGUCUGUGAACAGAUCUUGAGGGUGGUGAGUAGGUCCAAUCGACUGGAAGAGUUGGUGUUGGAAAAUGCUGGACUCAGAACAGAUUUUGCACAGAAAUUGGCUGGUGCUCUAGCACAUAAUCCUAACUCAGGACUUCACACAAUCAACCUUGCUGGAAACCCGCUGGAGGAUCGAGGUGUAUCCUCUUUAAGUAUUCAAUUUGCCAAACUCCCAAAGGGACUGAAGCAUUUGAACCUAUCUAAAACCUCAUUGUCACCUAAAGGAGUGAACAGCCUUUGUCAGUCCCUUAGUGCCAACCCUCUGACUGCCUCUGCCCUCGCCCACCUGGACCUCUCAGGGAAUGCCCUCCGUGGAGAUGACCUCUCGCACAUGUACAAUUUUUUGGCCCAGCCCAACACUAUUGUUCAUCUGGAUCUAUCAAAUACAGAAUGUUCUCUGGAGAUGGUGUGUAGUGCUCUCCUCCGGGGGUGCCUUCAGUGUCUCGCCGUGCUCAAUCUCUCCAGGGCUGUCUUCUCUCACAGGAAAGGAAAGGAAGUCCCUCCAUCUUUCAAGCAGUUUUUCAGCAGUUCUCUGGCUUUGAUCCAAAUCAAUCUUUCCGGCACAAAACUGUCUCCCGAGCCCUUGAAAGCACUGCUCUUGGGCCUGGCCUGCAAUCAUAGCUUGAAGGGAGUCUCUCUGGAUCUCAGCAACUGUGAGCUUGGCCACUGUCUGAGGUCAGGAGGAGCUCAAGUAUUAGAAGGCUGCAUCGCUGAAAUCCACAACAUCACCAGCUUAGAUAUCUCCGACAACGGUUUAGAGUCCGACCUAUCUACCCUAAUUGUGUGGCUCAGUAAAAACAGAUCAAUACAGCACCUGGCGUUAGGCAAAAAUUUUAAUAAUAUGAAACCCAAAAAUCUGACGCCCGUGUUGGACAACUUAGUGCAGAUGAUCCAAGAUGAAGAAUCUCCUCUGCAGUCCUUGUCCCUGGCAGACUCAAAACUCAAGGCUGAGGUCACCAUCAUCAUCAAUGCCUUGGGCAGCAACACCUCCCUGACCAAAGUGGACAUCAGUGGGAAUGGCAUGGGGGACAUGGGAGCGAAGAUGCUGGCCAAGGCUCUACAGAUCAACACCAAACUCAGGACAGUCAUCUGGGACAAAAACAACAUUACCGCACAAGGCUUUCAAGAUAUAGCUGUUGCUAUGGAAAAGAACUACACUCUGAGAUUUAUGCCAAUUCCGAUGUAUGAUGCUUCUCAAGCUCUUAAAACAAACCCUGAGAAAACAGAAGAGGCUCUGCAGAAGAUAGAAAAUUAUCUGCUCCGGAAUCACGAGACCAGGAAAUACCUUCAGGAGCAGGCCUACCGACUCCAGCAGGGCAUUGUCACCAGCACCACCCAGCAGAUGAUUGACCGGAUAUGUGUGAAGGUUCAGGAUCACCUCAACUCCUUACGGACCUGUGGGGGCGAUGCUGUUCAGGAGGACUUAAAGGCUGCAGAACGGCUCAUGCGAGAUGCUAAGAACUCUAAAACGUUGUUGCCCAACUUAUACCAUGUGGGUGGUGCAUCCUGGGCAGGAGCCAGUGGCCUGUCAUCCAGCCCCAUUCAGGAGACCCUGGAAUCAAUGGCCGGAGAAGUCACAAGAGUUGUGGAUGAACAACUGAAGAGUUUGCUAGAAUCCAUGGUGGAUGCAGCCGAGAACCUCUGCCCCAAUGUCAUGAGAAAAGCGCACAUCCGAAAGGACCUGAUCCAUGCCAGCACUGAAAAGAUUUCUAUCCCACGCACCUUUGUUAAAAAUGUCCUGUUGGAACAGUCUGGAAUUGACAUUCUUAACAAAAUUAGUGAGGUGAAGCUGACAGUGGCCUCAUUCUUGUCUGACCGAAUCGUGGAUGAGAUCCUGGAUUCUCUCUCCAACAGCCAUCGGAAGCUGGCCAACCAUUUUAGCAGGCUAAGCAAGAGCCUUCCCCAGCGAGAGGACCUAGAGGUGGAGCUGGUGGAGGAGAAGCCAGUGAAACGGGCCCUACUCACCGUAGAGGAACUCACCGAGGUGGAGAGGCUGGAAGACCUAGACACUUGUAUGACUCUCUGCUGUACAAGUAUGACUCCUAAAUCCAAGAGGAAGAGCAUCCACAGCCGAAUGCUGCGGCCUGUCUCCAGGGCCUUUGAAAUGGAGUUUGAUCUUGAUAAAGCCCUGGAAGAAGUACCGAUUCACAUCGAAGACCCACCUUUUCCAUCAAUCCGGCAAGAGAAGCGAAGCUCGGGGUUAAUCUCUGAGCUGCCCUCAGAGGAAGGCAGGAGACUGGAACACUUCACCAAGUUAAGACCCAAGCGGAAUAAGAAGCAGCAACCUACACAAGCAGCGGUCUGUACCAGCAACAUCAUCCCCCAUGAUGGAGAACAGAAUGGCCUCAUGGGCAGAGUGGAUGAAGGUGUAGAAGAGUUUUUCACCAAGAAGGUGACUAAAAUGGAUUGCAAGAGGUCAUCCACACGCUCCUCAGAUGCCCACGAACUCGGGGAAGGAGAUGAGAAGAAAAAACGGGAUUCUCGGAGGAGUGGCUUUCUCAACCUAAUUAAAUCCAGGUCCAGAUCUGAGCGGCCACCCACAGUCCUGAUGACCGAAGAGCUCUCCUCCCCGAAAGGGGCAAUCCGGAGCCCACCAGUGGAUACCGCCAGGAAGGAGAUAAAGGUAGCCGAGCACAAUGGUGCUCCAGAACGCACAGAAGAGAUGAAGACACCCGAACCCCUGGAGGAGGGUCCAGCAGAGGAAGCUGGCAGGGCCGAGCGCAGUGACAGCAGGGGCAGCCCACAGGGUGGCCGGCGCUAUGUGCAGGUGAUGGGCAGCGGGCUGCUGGCUGAGAUGAAGGCCAAGCAGGAGCGGAGGGCAGCAUGUGCGCAUAAGAAGCUCAGCAAUGACGUCAUCUCCCAGGAUCCUGCCAGCCCAGUCUCCAGCAACACAGAGCGUUUAGAUGGAGGUGCGACAGUGCCUAAACUGCAACCAGGUCUUCCAGAGGCCCGCUUUGGUUUGGGAACACCAGAAAAGAAUGCCAAAGCUGAACCCAGAGUGGAUGGGGGCUGUAGGUCCCGAAGCUCCUCCAGCAUGCCCACCAGCCCGAAGCCCCUCCUUCAGUCCCCUAAGCCCAGCCCUUCAGCCCGGCCUUCUAUCCCUCAGAAGCCAAGAACUGCCUCCCGACCUGAAGACACCCCAGACUCUCCAUCUGGUCCUAGCUCCCCUAAAGUUGCCCUCCUUCCACCUAUCCUCAAAAAAGUCUCCUCGGAUAAGGAGCGCGAUGGCCAGAACAGCUCACAGUCCAGUCCUAGGACCUUCUCCCAGGAAGUAGUGCAAAGAGGAGAUUAUUUCAAAAGGCAUUCAGAUCAUGGCAGUGGCAAGCCUUCCAGUAGAGGGAAAAGAUCUUCAAAACUCUGCUUCACCAUUGCGGAAGAGGAAGUGAAUACACCUGGGUACAGGAAGUCACAGCCAACAAAUGUCUCAAGGAGAAGCUGGGGCCCAGCCCAGGAGUAUCAAGAACAGAAGCAACGGUCCCCAGGCAAAGAUGGCCACCAAGGGAGCAAAUCCAGUGACUCUGGAGAAGAGGCAGAAAAAGAGUUUAUUUUUGUGUAAUGGUGCCCACCCCAAGCCUUCCCAUGCAGGGUGCUCUCCUCAGCCCUCAGAGAGGAGCCAGGGCAGUACCUCUUCUCUCUUCUCUUGGUGCUUUCUUCUUUCUCUCCUUUUCUUCUUUUUCAUACACACACACACACACACACACACACACUCUUUUGAUCUUUCCCCAUUCUUGACAUUUGAUUUCUCAACAUUGUUUCUUAUGCCUUCAACAAAAAGCCAGCAAUUAUUCCAUGGGCCCUACUUGAAUUUCUCUGAGGCAGCUACACAUUGCCCUGCAUGGUGAGUUGUUUUUGGAAAUUAAUGAAGUAACUGGACUCACACCCAAGUAACUAUCCAGGAGAUUCUGGGGUGCUACAGGGUGUGUUUGUGUCAGACCCACACAUCGAUAGAGCAAUUUAUUCUUGAUGUAUGCAAUUGCACAUUGUAAUUAUAUUAACAGAGCACACUAAUAAAUAAUUUGUAUAAAUUAUAUAUAUUAGAUCUUGGGCACUAUUCUUACAUUGUUUUGUGGAACAUUUCUUUCCCCAUGUAGAAUUGUACAUUUAAAACUUGGUUGGUAAUAUUUGCAGACCAUCAGCAAGCACAACUAAGAACAGAGUGUGAGAAGCCCAAAUUCAUGUAUAUAGUUGAUUGGAAUUAGGUCUUAUGAAUAUUCAUGUUUCUGAAGGCCUUUAAUUUCUGUCUGCUUAUUAGUUUUUAAUGUGUGGUUUUUAAAAGAAAAUUUUGGCACCUGUAAAAAAAAAAAUCUACUACUCUUUAUAAAACAUCUCACAUAUAUUCACUUACAUUACAAGCUGAAAGUAUUUUAUUCAUAUGUAUAUUUAUACCAAUAAAAUGAUUUUACAAGUGGGA